CAUUGUGCCAUGUACCGCGAAUCACACUGGGCGUUGCUGCAGCAAGAGAUUUUUAGCCAGAUGGAGUAAAACUAAAUAUGGAAGGUAACAGAAGAAGUCUUGCAGCAUUUUAAUAAUAAAAAAUAACAACCACAUAACAAGGAUCAACACUCACAAGGUCAGGAUGGAACCUAUCUACGCCUCGGGCAUGGCCGCCAAGCUGAGGAGCCAAUGGGAUCGCGACGACGGUUUGGGCCAGAACCACAACGCGGUCAAGUUCCUGGGCCAGGACUACGAGGCCCUGCGGUCCCGCUGCCUCCAGAGCAGGGGGAUGUUUGAGGACGCCCUGUUCCCCUGCACGCCCUCCUCUCUGGGCUUUAACGAGCUGGGCCCCCGCUCCUCCAAGACCCAGGGGGUCCGCUGGAUGAGGCCCUCGGAGAUCUGCCAGUGCCCCCAGUUCAUUGUGGACGGAGCCUCACGUACAGAUAUCUGCCAGGGAGUCUUAGGUGAUUGUUGGCUGCUGGCUGCCAUAGCCUCUCUGACCCUGAACGACAACCUGCUCCACAGAGUGGUGCCUCAUGGACAGGGCUUCAGCACCGGAUACGCCGGAAUCUUCCACUUCCAGGUAACUACGCUCUCGCACGACUUCCUGCGGGAGUUCAGCCGUCUGGAGAUCUGUAACCUGACGGCGGACGCGCUGGAGGCCAGCCAGGUGAAGACGUGGAGCUCCGCCCUCUAUCAGGGGGAGUGGAGGAAGGGAAGCACGGCCGGGGGCUGCAGGAACUUCCCAGCGACGUUCUGGGUCAACCCUCAGUUCAAGAUUGCCCUGCAGCACCCAGACAAGCCCGGCACAUCCGACUGCACCUUCCUGGUGGCGCUGAUGCAGAAGAACCGCCGCGCCAAACGACGGGAAGGUGAAGACAUGGAGACCAUCGGCUUUGCGUUUUCCCAGGUUCCAAAAGAGUUCAUAGGUAAGUCUGGCGUCCACCUGAAGAAGGACUUCUUCCUGACGCACGGCUCCACGGCACGCUCCGAGCUGUUCAUCAACCUGCGGGAGGUGAGCACGCGUCUGAGCCUGCCGGCCGGGGAGUACAUCAUCGUGCCCUCCACCUUUGAGCCCCAGAAGGAGGCCGACUUCGUCCUCAGGGUUUUCUCUGAGAAGCCCGCCAACUCUGAUUUCCUCUUCAUACGACAGGAACUCGAUGAUGAUGUCAGCGCUGAGAUGCCUGCAGAGAUUCAGCUGGAGGAGAGCCAGAUAGACGCAGCCUUCAAGAGUCUCUUCAGACAGUUGGCCGGACCGGACAUGGAGAUCAGUGUCACCGAACUACAGACCAUCCUGAACAGGAUCAUCGGCAAACACAAGGACCUGAAGACGGAUGGAUUCACCCAGGAGUCCUGUCGCAGCAUGAUCAACCUCAUGGAUACUGACGGCAGUGGCAAGCUGGGCCUGGCAGAGUUCCACGUCCUCUGGGAGAAGAUCAAGCGCUACCUGACGAUAUUCAGGCAGUUUGACCUGGACAAAUCAGGCACCAUGAGCUCCUAUGAGAUGAGAAUGGCUUUAGAGUCAGCAGGCUUCAAGCUGACCAACCACCUGUUCCAGCUGAUCAUCCUGCGGUACACGGAGGCCGACAUGUCCGUCGACUUUGACAACUUUGUCACCUGCCUGGUUCGUCUGGAGACCAUGUUCAAGACUUUCAAGGUGAUGGAUACGGAUAAGGAUGGUUUCAUUUCACUCAACUUCUUCCAGUGGAUCUCCUUGACCAUGUUUGCCUGAAGAGACAGAGACAGAUCGAGAGACUACUGGAUGGAUAGUUGCUCCCCCCCCCCCCCACACACACACACACACACCUUUGCCCUGCCACCGAGCUGACACAUUUUGACGUGACGUUUCUAGAAUGCCACAGCCAAACCUAGCUUCGGACUGGUAGCUCUCGCUCUUUCUCCGGAAGUGCCUUCCCCCCCCCCCCCCCCCCCCACCUAGCUGUCGAGGUUGGCGUGAAUCAUCACCCAGUUCACAUCAUCCCUGCCGGGAUGCAAGGCUGUGACUUUGUCCAAUUCUAAACAAGCUCCUAUUUGGGUGUUUCCAAAAACCAAACGGUUUGGUUGUUUCUCUCUUUGAAGGAUAAAAUCCUUUCUUAUAGCUGGGUCGUAUAUUUAGGGAGGGUGGAGAAUUUGGAUUAACCACAAGCCCCUCAAUAAGCAUCAGUCUUGGAGGUCAAAGUGAAGGUCAUCGUCGUAUCAGAUUGGAAUCGUUUUUUCUGUACAGAUUUGAUGAUUGCUUUAGGCACCAGACACUCUCUUGGAAAGGAGUUUUGUGCCGGGUAAUAGAAAGUGUUUUUACAUCCCGUGCCAAGCCUUCUUACGUCUUCAGAUUGUCCCCGCAGAAAUGUUUUAUGUAGUUAGAGGCUUAGCAGCAGCACUGUCCUUUAUGUAGGGAAUGUGUUGUGUCAAAAGAAAGAACAACUGAAAGAAACAGGGAAAACGAAUACCUUCCAUAUGCUUUACACGUAUUACAGCAAUUUCAUAUAUCGCCAGUUAAACUUUUCAAUUCCAUUUUUUUCCCCCUCAUCCUAAAUGCAUUAGGAGCUUUUUAAAGGGACAUUUUGAAGGUAUAUCAUUUAAGAAAAAAAAUAUAUAUAAAGGGUGAAGGUAUUGUUGACCUGGACACCCCCUGUGGACUUGCUUGGCUUGUGUGGAAAACCUCCCAGUUUACAGAUGGGAACCUGCACCAAAAGACGACAUGCCAGGGGAGAAUUUAAACGUAUAGCCAUUUCUGUGUCAAGUUGCCAAUGUUAAAAUGUACACCCGUUUACAAAGAGCUUACUGGAUAUCUUAAUCAUUGAAUAGAAACGAUCUACUGUAGAUUUUCUUUUCUUC